AUGCGGCUCCACCUGCAGGCUGCGGUCGCGAUGGCCCUCGCCGCCCUGGCGGGGUCCACCGACACCUGCCCCGGCGGCGCGGGCGAGGGCGAUGAGGCCUCGGCCCUGCUCCAGCCCGCCGCCGCCCGCGCGGCGCGGCGGGCGCCCGCGUGGCUGCGGCAGGACCCCAUGGGCGCGUGCCAGCCGAGCAGGGCGUGCGCCACCGGGCAGGAGUCGGACGGGUGCCCGAGGCGUGGCAGCUGCCAGGCGGGCACUGGCUGGUGCGUCUGCCCAGCAAGCACGUGCUGGGACGAGGCGUCCGACGAGUGCAAGUGCGAGACGCCGAACCCCAGCGUGUCGUGCGUGGCGCCGGGGGCCACGUGCCCGAGCUCCGCGAGCUGCAACCCGCUGUCGGGCAACUGCGAGUGCCCCUGGAGCACGUGCUGGGACGACGCCGGUCAGACGUGCAAGGCGCUCCCUGGCAUCCCGACGCCGGCGACGACGCCGCCACCUUGCGACAGCAACAGCGAUUUCGCGCAGCGCUGCGGCAUGGACGGGUACGCCUCCUGCCCGGCCGGCUACACCUGCAACUCGGAGAGUCCCACUGGUGCGUCUGCGCGUAGCGGCAUACGCCACGCGCGCGCUUGGCGCCCGCGGCGCUCCCCCCCCCACGCCUCGAGCGGCCGCAGCCGCGGGAGAGCGCGGCGGGGAGCACCGCCGCGGCCUCGCCCGCCGAGAGCGCGCGGCGGGUUCGCCGCGGUGCUCCCCGCGGAAGGCGCGGAGGCCUCGCGCGGAGGGGCGCCCCCGAGUGGCAAAGCGCCCGGCGCCCCCGCGGCAUCUGCGGGGAGAGAGGAGGAGGAGGAGGAGGAGGAGAGCCGCGAUCGCCCGAUCCCGCUGCCGAGGCCGCGGCCAGCGCGGCCGUGCCCUCACAGGCCCAUCAGGCCCGCGAUAAUCAGAACACUGCUCAAAUGCCACACUUGUUCUAUCGCGGCGAGCAUUUUGCCAUCCGAGAAAUUCGGAUGA